CUUAUGGUUAUACAUAUUUUUUCUUCUAUGAAUGGGUUCUGCUGGAAAUUACAGCUUUGCCCGCGGUCCCCUGGGUUAAGAGAAAUAGUCUCUCCGCAGAAGACAGCUCUGAUUGGUGACUUUCCUCCUUCCCUCCCAGCCCCCUUCCUAAUUGAAACCAAAUGUGCAGAACGCUGGAUGCUGGGACCCCUGGCGCCUUCCCAGGAAUCCUCAGAAUGCGAGGUUUCUCUCAAAGGCGUCUUGCAUCAGCCUGCGGUGAAUGCCCCGCCGGGCUCCUCCGCGGCACAGCGGAGACGGGCGCUCCUCGACCAGUCUUCCGGGGCCGGGGGCGUGUGGGUCACCUCCGUUUUCCUCCGCCCGCAGCUGUGCACUCCUGCAGGAGCGUUCCGGGUCCGACACCGCCUUCUGAGAUGCUCCUGGUCCCCAGGGUGCCGCUGGUGCUGCCGCUGCUGCUGCCUCUCUUGGGUUCUGCAGAAGCUCAGGUUAAUCCAGCCGCAUGCCGCUACCCUCUGGGCAUGUCAGGAGGCCGCAUUCCCGACGAGGACAUCUCAGCCUCCAGCCAGUGGUCGGAGUCCACAGCUGCCAAGUACGGAAGGCUGGACUCGGAGGAGGCGGACGGAGCCUGGUGUCCCGAGGCCCCGGUGGAGCCAGACGACCUGAAGGAGUUCCUGCAGAUCGACCUGCACGCCCUGCACUUUAUCACCCUGGUGGGGACCCAGGGCCGCCACGCGGGGGGCCACGGCAUCGAGUUCGCCCCCAUGUACAAGAUCAAUUACAGCCGGGACGGCACUCGCUGGAUCCCCUGGCGGAACCGGCAUGGGAAGCAGGUGCUGGACGGGAACAGUAACCCCUACGACAUCCUCCUCAAGGACCUGGAGCCGCCCAUCGUGGCCAGAUUCGUCCGCUUCAUUCCCGUCACGGACCACUCCACGAACGUGUGCAUGCGGGUGGAGCUGUACGGCUGCGUCUGGCUCGACGGCUUGGUGUCAUACAACGCCCCCGCUGGACAGCAGUUUGUGCUCCCUGGCGGUGCCGUCAUUUACCUGAACGAUUCUGUCUACGAUGGAGCCGUCGGGUACAGCAGCAUGACCGAAGGGCUGGGCCAGUUGACGGACGGGGUGUCCGGCCUGGACGACUUCACGCAGACGCACGAGUACCACGUGUGGCCUGGCUAUGACUAUGUGGGCUGGAGGAACGAGAGCGCCACCGAUGGCUACGUCGAGAUCGUGUUUGAAUUCGACCGCGUCAGGAAUUUCACCACCAUGAAGGUCCACUGCAACAACAUGUUCGGCAAGGGCGUCAAGACCUUCAAGGAGGUGCAGUGCUACUUCCGCUCCGAAGCCAGCGAGUGGGAGCCUAACGCCGUGUCCUUCCCCCUCGUCCUCGACUACGUCAACCCCAGCGCACGCUUCGUCACGGUGCCCCUCCACCACCGCAUGGCCAGCGCCAUCAAAUGCCAGUACCACUUUGCCGACACCUGGCUGAUGUUCAGUGAGGUCACCUUUCAGUCAGAUGCUGCCAUGUACAACAACUCUGGGGUCCUGCCCACGUCGCCCGUGGCACCCACGACCUACGACCCAAUGCUUAAAGCCGACGACAGCAACACUCGAGUCCUGAUUGGCUGCUUGGUGGCCAUCAUCUUCAUCCUCCUGGCCGUCAUCGUCAUCAUCCUCUGGAGGCAGUUCUGGCAGAAGAUGCUGGAGAAGGCCUCGCGCAGGAUGCUGGACGACGAGAUGACCGUCAGCCUGUCGCUGCCCAGCGAGGCCAGCAUGUUCAACAACAACCGCUCCUCGUCGCCCAGCGAGCAGGAGUCCGGCUCCACCUACGACCGCAUCUUCCCGCUGCGCCCCGACUACCAGGAGCCCUCGCGGCUGAUCCGCAAGCUCCCGGGCUUUGCUGCGGGCGAGGAGGAGCCAGGCUGCAGCGGCGUCGUGAAGCCAGCGCAGGCCGGCGGGCCCGAGGGCGUGCCCCACUACGCAGAGGCUGACAUCGUGAACCUCCAGGGCGUGACAGGAGGCAACACGUAUUCGGUGCCUGCGGUCACCAUGGACCUGCUCUCGGGAAAGGACGUGGCCGUGGAAGGGUUCCCCAGGAAGCUCCUCACUUUCAAGGAGAAGCUGGGCGAGGGCCAGUUUGGCGAGGUUCACCUCUGUGAAGUGGAAAGGAUGGACACGUUCAAAGACAAGGAUUUCGCCCUGGACGUCAGUGCCGACCAGCCCGUCCUGGUGGCUGUGAAGAUGCUGCGAGCAGACGCCAACAAGAACGCCAGGAACGACUUUCUCAAGGAGAUAAAGAUCAUGUCCCGGCUCAAGGACGCCAACAUCGUGCGCCUCCUGGCCGUGUGCACCGCCGACGACCCGCUGUGCAUGGUCACCGAGUACAUGGAGAACGGGGACCUCAACCAGUUUCUUUCCCGCCACGAGCCCCCCGGGUCUUCCGCCAGCAGUGUGCCUACUGUCAGCUACGCGGACCUGAAGUUCAUGGCCACCCAGAUCGCCUCGGGCAUGAAGUACCUGUCCUCACUGAACUUUGUCCACCGGGACCUGGCCACGCGAAACUGCUUGGUGGGCAAGAACUACACCAUCAAGAUCGCCGACUUCGGGAUGAGCCGCAACCUGUACAGCGGGGACUACUACCGCAUCCAGGGCCGCGCCGUGCUCCCCAUCCGCUGGAUGUCCUGGGAGAGCAUCCUGCUGGGCAAGUUCACCACGGCGAGCGACGUGUGGGCCUUCGGGGUGACCCUGUGGGAGACUCUCACCUUCUGCCAGGAGCAGCCCUAUUCCCAGCUGUCGGAUGAGCAGGUCAUCGAGAACACCGGGGAGUUCUUCCGGGACCAGGGCAGGCAGGACAAAGGGCAGAUUUGCCCCUGUUCAGGAGAUAAGGGAGCAGAACCGGAAAAAAUCUUUUUCCUCUCGGCCCAGUCCCUUGCAGUCACCAGGUCGACGUCUUGGAAGUCCCAUGGCCAGUCGAAAGUGGUGCGUUCCAUUAGAAAAUGUAACCUUCUUUAUCCUGACGGUGGUUUGCAUUUGAAUGCGUCCUGGAAUUACAGGGGGAAGGAGGAACAGCACGAGCCUGGCCUCCCUCUGCUUAUCACUCAGUGACCGAAAUCCCACAGAGAAAACCUUGCCCGAGGCAAAAUCUAACCAGCAUUCAGUGAGCAAUCCGCCCAUACGUCCA